AUGGCUUCCCAACUGUUACCCCUCGAAUUGAUUGACAAGUGUGUCGGCUCCAAGAUCUGGGUGGUGAUGAAAGGCGACAAGGAAUUUUCUGGUACUCUUCUUGGGUUCGAUGAUUACGUCAAUAUGGUUUUGGAAGAUGUGACAGAGUUUGACUACGCCGGCAACCAAGAAAAGCUUCCCAAGAUUCUACUGAACGGUAACAAUGUUUGCAUGUUGAUUCCAGGCGGCGAAGGGCCUGUGGGCAGCUCAUAG